GAGUGAGUUGUCACCAACCACAAAGCCCACCAUUACUCCGAUUGGGCUACUGCGUUGACGAAAGAUUUCACAUUGAAAAUUGAAUCUGUAACCCUAUUCUCAAAAAUGGCAAAAAAAUAUCUUACCCCGAGUAUUUCUCUAUCUCUCUUGGGACCUGUCGCCUCAAGAUAAGAGGAGCAAUCAAUCGAAACGACGCUCCUGCACAAGCCUACAAGUUUCUUCUUCUUAAACCUUCUCCCUUUCGGGAUAUAGGAGAGAGAAGAAGAUUCUUUGUUUCUCCAAUCUGGGUUUUGGAGAACAAUUAUCAGAUACCAAUACUUACAUAUGAUAUAUUAGGUUAGCGAUUCGAUUAAUUGGUUAACUUUUUUUGAGGAGAAAAAUAUAGAAAAAAAAAGAUACGAUGGAACACCAAAAUUCAGUAUCGUCAGUAACCACAACGACGACGGAGCCUUCUUACGCGACUAUGGCGGUGGAUCCUUUCUUGGUUGAGGCUCUCCAGAACCCUCGUCAUCGUCUCUCCAUUCUUCGAAUGGAACUUGACAUUCAGAAGUUCAUCCAGAACAUUGAACAACAUCAAUUCGAAUUCCAACAUUUUCCCACAUCCUAUCUUCGCCUAGCAGCCCAUCGUGUGGCCCAACACUAUGGGCUUCAAACCAUGGUUCUUGAUAACUUCACAGAUGGUCAAGGGACCCGGAUUUUGGUCAAGAAACUACCCGAAUCCAAAUACCCUUCAAUCUGUCUAUCCGAUAUCCCAAUCAAACAGUCUGAAAACGAAAAGAAAGAUGUGAAAAUUGUUCUAAAGCCAAGGCCAAAAUCGUCUUUUGAUGGGUCAAAUGAUCAGGGAAAGAAGUGUAAUUUGGUCCGUAGUGUUGAAGAAAGGAAAGAGGAGUAUGAUCGGGCACGUGCCCGGAUUUUUAGUACUCCGGGCAGCCCUCAAUCAGAAGGUACUACAGAUGGAGAUGAUUAUGAAGGUUCUAGAAGCUUCACCAUUGAUGGAAAUGGAAAUACUUCUCGUGUAGCCAUUCUUAGGGACAGAGAGAAGGACUUAACUGAUCCAGAUUAUGACAGGAGUUAUGACAGGUAUGUGAGGAACCUUCCUAUGGGCCAAGGGUUCAACUUGUUUCCACCUUUGAGUCUCCCAAAGUUCCAACCGCCUCCGCCAGGUGUCCAGUAUGACCCCAUAAUACCUCACGUGGGGCCCACACCAAACCCUCAACAAGUACCUAUUGGAUAUAGGAAUUCAGCCAUGAAUAAUCAAUAUGCUGUUGUUGGAAUGAAUCAACACAUUUCAAGGGAUGCUGCUGUCUACAUGCAAUGGCCUUCUCAUUCCAUGAUGUAUGCACACACAUAUGAUCAGUUUAGACAUGCGGUUUUUCAGGCACCAUUUUGUCAGCAGCAGCCCUUGAGUUUUGAUUACUCACAAAACCGUUAGGCUUGUUGUAUUGGAGGUAAAAGAUUGAAUUGGAUGAAAUCGAUUUUGUUUGUGUUAGGAAUUUUAAUCUUGUUAAUGAUGGAACUUUUGUUUGUGGAAUACAACCUUUAUGUUCUUUUUGUUUUAUGCACUUGUUAAAUAUUAAUACAUUACAUUACUCCUAUCUAA